AUGCCUCUAAAUCCCUCAAUUUAUAAUAAAUAAAUCGCAUUUUUUUGUUGUUUUGGGUAAUAUUAAGUGUCGAACAUAAGCUCAUAAUCACUGAUCAUCGCCUUGUCUCAGCUACAAGUGUCAGUCAGUCUUCAUAAAGCUUGGAGUUUAAUGAGGGAAAUGUAAGGCUGCCAUCUAGGAUUUCCAAUCUGAAUCAUUUGUCCAGAGCCACCUUCUGUAAGAUACCCCGGUACUAGCAAGGAAAGACCAUGUGGUAGGCAAAACCUGUCUACUAUGGCUGCAGUGACUGGAAAACUCCAAAUCUUCCUGUUUACAGGCUUUCCAUUAAGAUGAUUUGCUUCGAUCACUAGAGCACUUUUGCCAUCCAUCGUACCGGUCUAUCUGCUCUAUUAGACACGCGCCUCGGAGUCCUUUUUCCAUCAACAUCACCAUUUUAACUCUUUGUUUUGGCUAGUAUUAAUAUAAAAAUAUUAAAUUAAUUAAAAUGUUAAGAUGCCUAACACCACAAUCCCAGUAAAGGGACAGAGCCACCCUCAUGAGCGAACAAAAAAUUUUUUUGAUAUAUGAAUGAUAAUUAGUAUAAUGAAAUCUCUAACUAAUCUGUUUAAUUUUAACGCCAGGAUUGGCCAUACUCCUGUAAAAUACUCCUGCAAAAUACUACUACUCUAAAAAAUUAGAUAAAUUGUAUAUUUAUGGGAAAAAUAAUUUCAUAAUAAUACGGAGAGUGACGAAUCUAAAAUUGAUGAAUCUAAUUGUAAAUCAUUUGGAAAAACUUUCUCGAAGGAAGAAGAUGAAGAAAUAUCUUCUGACGAUAAAAUUUGCCCUGAAGACUAACUUGAAAUUAACGAACUCCUGCUAGGUUUAGCCUGAGAUCGACCACUAAAUUAAACGAUUUUGAAUUUUUCAUGGUUGGCAGCCUUUGUUGACAUGCAGUAGGGUAGCAAAACUCUUCGAUAAACGAGUUGCGUGCAGCCCUCUCCAGGCAGAAGCAACCUAUGCAAUGUGUGAAAUGCGAGCUGGCAACCAAGCGGGAAGCGUUAAGGAAGGAUGCAAUCCUUCGGGAAUUACAGCGUUUUUCUAUAAUUUAGAUAAUAUUAUUGCUAAUGAUAUAAUUCUUUGUUUCUUAUUAAUAUAAUCUAUUGCACAUAUUUCUUAUUGCUCAAGGCAUGUGGGAAAUUUCCUCACAUUUUAAAAAAGUAUUCACAUGUGAGGUCUUACAUAAAUUCAGGCUUCACAUGUGGAAUAUUUAUUGGCAUGUGGGAAAUUUCCCGCGUGCCUUGCACAUAAAAAAUAUGUGCAACAGAUGAUAUUAUUUAAAAAAAUAAUUAAUGCAAAUGACAUAAAAAUAUAAAUUACAAUUAUAUAUUAAUAUUUAACAAAAAUUUCAUUAACUUUUAGUUUGUUGACUAAGAAAAACAAAGAUCGCUUGCACUCUAGGAAAAGCCUCUUCAAGCAAAGAAGUGAUUAUUGAUCUCAUUAAUGCGGGAAUGGACAUUGCUAGGAUCAGUGAUAGAUUCCUCGAAAUUGACAAGCAAACUGUCUUAAACAAUCUAAGGGACGCGAUGAAAGAAACAGGAAAACACGUAGGCGUUAUGCUAGGGCUCAGAGAAAGCGACUUAAGACUUGGAAACUUUAACUCUAGUAUUUCCCUUAAACUCAGAAAAGGCGAUUUUGUAAGGAUUUAUAGCUCGAAUUUACUAGAAAUUAAAGGAGAGAACAUAAUCCAUUGCAACAAUAAAGAGUUCCCUAACCUCGUCGACCCUGGAGACAAGCUUUUAAUUGAUUUUGGAAAAAUUGUUUUUACAGUAGAGUCAAUUCAGAAUACUAACAAGCCAAAAUUUCCUUCCUCUCUACAAAUUUCUCACAACGGAGGCACUUCUCAUCAUGUCCCACAGGUAAAAUCCUUUGAAGAGAGAUCAAGCUCAACUGAUCGUCCAAAGCUCUAUAAAUCUGACUCUUUAAACAUUAUUCGCCGACCUAGACGUCUAACUCCUCACAUCCCCAAAUCCCAAAGAAAAGAAAAAAUCGUCUGCUGUCGGGUUGACCACGACUGUGUCCUCAGUGAGCACAAGCCUUGCCACAUCCGUCCCUCCGGCUCCAAAAAGCCACCAAUAAGCUGUGCGAAUGAUAUUUACGAUUUCGCUGACAUUAGAUGGGCAUGUGAUAACGAUAUAGAUUUCAUCGUCUACAAGCAGCUAAGAGACGAAGAAGACCUGCACGAUUUCCACAACAUUCCUCUGCCUAACGUAAAAAAAUUCAUAGGGAUCCAAAACUCAUGUGCUGCCCAAAACUCAGAAGCUCUCAUACAGGCAUGUGACGGAGUUAUGAUAGGAAGAGGGAUGUUAGCCUUAGAGACAAGUUUAGCUGACGUAUGUACAAUUCAAAAAGAAAUAGUAAAAAGAUGCAAUGAACUGUCUAAGCCAGUCAUCAUCUCGACGCAGCUAUUAGAAACUAUGGUACAUCAAAAGCAUCCAUCUAGUGCAGAAGUCACCGAUAUUUCGAAUGCAAUUUUAGAUGGAUGUGAUGCCUUAUUGCUGACUGGUGAGACAGCAUAUGGCGAUCAUCCAGUAUUAGCUUUACAGACUUGUGAACAAAUUUGUCUGGAAGCUGAAAAGUACCUUGACUAUAAUUUUCAGUGUGAAAAAAUUUUAGAGACUAUACAAAGCAGUAUUACGAUUGCGGAAAAUGUCUGCUAUUGUGCAGUGAGGAGUGUGCUGGCGUUGAAGGGGAAAAUUAUUAUUUGUCAGACGAGGUCUGGGAGAACUGCACAACAGAUAUCAAGGUUUAUGCCGCCUUGCUUGAUUUUGGCACUGACGAAUUCGCCAAAAACCACUAGGUUUUUGAAGGCGGUAAGAGGAGUUUAUCCGUCUAUGGUGGAAGAUCCUCAGAAACCACUGAUUGAAAUGUAAUGUUUAUGUAGAGCUAUUGACAAAGCGAAAGAAGUAAAUUUGGUAGAGCGCGGAGAUACAGUUGUAUAUGUAGGAGGCACAAGAGACACAUUUGACACUGAAACGACAGCAUUCAAUAUUAUCCAGAUUUCGUAA